UUCAGUUAUGUCGUGCGUGGAAAACAUGUAAUUUUGUCUAUUUUAUUGUGCUAGUUAAUAAAACUUCCGUUAAAAUAUUGAAAUCCAAAUGGACUUUACGCCAUUGUGCUUACAUUAUCUAUGUAAUAAUAGCUCAUUGUGGGUAAAUGCAUCAUCAGGUUCAGAGUAUAAUGUUGUGUUAUCGUUGGGCAGCGAUCAAUAAAUAUCCGAUUAUCUCAAUAAAACUAACAUUAAUCAAUCUCACCGUUACCAAUUCCGCAUUUAUUUAUUUGAUGUCAUUAUGAAGAUACCUAUUUGCUUCGGAGAGAUAAUUUUGUUCGUAAUUAGUUUUUUACUGGGAUCAUCUAAUUCUCAAAGUAGUGAAAUAAACUGGGAUUGGUGGAGAACAGCGGUCAUCUACCAGAUUUACCCAAAAUCUUUUAAUGACGCCAACAAUGACGGCUAUGGAGACUUGAGAGGGAUUAUAAGCAAACUUCCCCAUCUUGCAGAUGCGGGCGUUAAUGCAGCAUGGAUUUCACCUAUAUACGCUUCACCUCAGGUGGAUGAUGGAUACGAUAUCAGUAAUUUUGUCGACGUUUGGGAAACAUUCGGAACUUUGGAAGAUUUUGAUGAACUGGUUACUGCUUCGCACGAAUUAGAUAUAAAAAUUAUAAUGGAUCUCGUACCUAAUCACUCAAGCGAUCAGCAUGAUUGGUUCAAAUUAUCUGAGAAUAGAACAACAGGUUAUGAAGAUUAUUACGUGUGGAGGGAUGGAGAAAGUUCUACUACACCCCCAAACAAUUGGAUAAGUGUCUUUAAAUAUUCAGCAUGGAAGUACAGCGAAAUUAGGCGCCAAUGGUAUUUACAUCAAUUUACAGAACAACAACCCGAUUUGAACUACAGAAAUCCUAAAGUAUUGGAAGAAAUGACGGUAAGUUCGAAUAAAAACAAAAACAAAAUUACGUAAUGAAAUUUCAAAUAAAUGCAUGUGUGCACUUAUCGAGAUCAUUUAAA